CAAUAUGGCGGCCCCCAUGAGACACGCAUUGAAAAAUACAGUUGAAGACAUUAAGUCAUUUUUAGAUACACCAGAAGACUUUCUAUCAAAAAAAACAACAAAGGCUGACAAAUUUGCCAUAGCUGCCAAAGGUUUGUACGACACCAGUCACACUGCACAAGACUUUACAACCAACAACUCCCUUCCUCAGUUGACAGUAAAAGGGUUUGAUGAUGAGCAGAUUUGGCAGCAGCUUGAGCUAGAAAAUGAUGUGGCAAUCAGCAUAUUACUGUCCCAUUCAGCACGUCUGCUAUCAAGUAAAACAACUUGUGCAUUUAUCUCAGCAAGGAAUAAAGAUGAAUCUUCUGGUCACCAGUCUGCCUCCAAAAACAAAUUGGUCCACAAUAAUGUCAAAGGCAAAGAAUCUUUAAAUAGAGUUGGGGAUCAGGCUGCAGGUGGGGACCUAGACAAUGCUGGUAAUGACAGUGACUUUGAUGAUGAUGUUGAUGAUUUUAUAAAACAGACUUCAGAUGUGGAUAAUGAUGAUGAGCCAUUUGAUAAAAAUGAUAAAUUUUUUGACUUCACUGGAGAUUCUGAUGAAGAUUUAGAGUAUGGUUCUCUUGGUCAAACUGGUGAUUUAGAUAAGGAAUUAUUUGAUAAAGAGGAAAGUGAUGAAUCUGGUGAAGAUUCAAAGAAUAAAACCGAUACAAAGAAUAGUUCAAAGACUGUGACUUUCAAAUUUGAGGAUGGAAGUGACAAGCAAAGUACAAACAGGAAAGGAAAGUCUGACCAAGUGUCUAUGCUUAAUAUUAAGAAGAAAAAGAGUGUUGUUGAUGAUGCAUUUUUCAAGCUAAGUGAUCUUGAGCAAUUCCUAGAUAAGGAAGAUAGGCGUGAGGAGAAAAGACAGAGGAAAGAAGAAAAGGCGAGAAGUGGGAGGGGUGGAGCCGAGGAUGAUGACAGUGAGGAGGAUGGGGAGGAGAUCGACCUGUUUGCUGAAAUAGAUUCUGAAGAAGAGGAUCUUCAUUAUGCAGACUUUUUUGAUCAACCAGAUGGUGAAGUUGAAAGACAGAUUAACUCCGAAGAUGAUGACAGCGAUAGAGACGCUGAACAUGGUGAUUUAGGUCGGGAGGAUGGUGAGAAAACAGGCAGUGAUGAAGAGGAUGAGGAGGAUGCAGCAGCUGAUGUUGGUGACAAUGGAGAGGAAUCCAAUACAGAUGUACUUGCAACAAGACAUGCUCUCCAGAGGAACCUGUUGUUGGACUCGGACAGUGAUGGGGAAGAUGCGCUCGAUAUUCUUGGUGGGAAGAAAAAACAGGACUUGUCCUCAUUCGAGCAACGUCAGGAAAAGUUGAAGAAGAAGAUGAGUGAGCUGGAGGAGCGUAUGUUGUCGGAGAAGCCGUGGCAGAUGACCGGGGAGGUGACAGGCGGAAAGCGCCCGGAGAACAGUCUGCUGCAGGAGAACCUCCAGUUUGACUACACCACACGUCUAACUCCUGAGAUUACGGAGGAGACAACCAAGAGCCUGGAGGACCUCAUAAGGCAGAGGAUCAGGGACAAGGCCUGGGAUGAUGUAGAGCGCAAGGUGAAACCUAAGGAAAACCCGUUCGAGUUCAAAAAACGAGUUACACUCGACCAGGAGAAGAGUAAACUGAGCCUUGGACAGAUUUAUGAGCAGGAGUACCUCAAACAGCAACAGACAGAGGAGGUGGAGAAGAAGGAUCCAGACCAUGAAGAGAUCAAGAAGAUGAUGACUUCCCUUUUCAUCAAACUGGACGCUCUCUCCAACUUUCACUACACACCAAAACAGGCUGCUCCUGAGGUGCAGAUCAUCACCAACCAGCCUUCCAUCGCCAUGGAGGAGGUGGCUCCAGUUGCUGUUAGUGAUGCCAAACUCCUCGCACCUGAGGAAGUCAAGGAUAAAGUUCAAGGUGAAAUGAAGGGAGCCUCUGAACGAACAAAAACUGACAGAGAACGUGAACGUCAGAGAAAGAAGAAGGAGAAGCGAAUGAAGCGUAGGGAACGUGAACAGCGUGAGCGGCUCAUUGAGAAGCUGAAUCCUGGGCUCGGGAACAAGUACAGUAGGGACAAGGCCCUCAAAGAUCUGGAAAAGGACAGCAAGACACAGAACAGUCGCGUCACACUGCUCAAGGACGACAGGAAGCAGAAGACAGGCCUGACAUCAUCCAAGUCAUUCUUCAGUCAGCUACAGGACGAAGUAAAGGCUGGGGUCCGCAGCAAGCAGGCAGAGAAACGCAAACAGACAACACUCACAAAAAAUGCCAAUGUCAAAAAGUUCAAAUUAUAGAGAUUAUAAGCCUCCGCGAAAACCAUAUGAAAAAGACUUCUUGCGAAAGUUCAUUCACCCAACAACAAACAUUUGAUUCUUAUCAUUCUUCAGCGUGGUAUAAGUGUACUCAAAGCCAAGCAUGUGCUGAUAUAUUUUAAAUGUAUGCGUUAUAAUUGAAAAAUGUUAAGUAAAAGUUGAAAAAUAA